AUGUGCAUGACUGCGCUCCACCUCCUCCUGCUCUGCCCUGGCGCUCUAUCGCACCCCACCCGCUACCCGCCCAAGCCGCCCGCUGGGGUGAAGGGCCUGUACUGGGACCGCACGUCGCUCAAGCAGCGAAUCCACUACGAGGUGGCCGAGCCACCGAAAGGCCCGUCCAAUUCGGCGCCGGUCCUGCUCUUAAAUGGAUUUGGCGUCGGCAGCUUCACAUGGCAUCGCAACAUGGCCGCCCUCGCCGCCUCGACCGGCGCCAGCGUGUACGCCAUGGACUAUGUCGGCCAGGGCGCUUCAUGGCCGGUCGACUGCGACGAUGGCAAUGCCGAGUCCGAGCAAGGGCUGCGAUACGCCAUCGACGACUGGAAGGCGCAGGCGGCUGAGUUCAUCGAUGCGAUCGUGCUGCGCGGCGCCUCUCCAGACGCAUGUGUUCAUCUGGUCGGCAACUCUGCGGGAGGCUUGCUUGCCGCGCUCCUCGCCGCCGAGCCGGGCAGCCGCGUCGCGUCGCUCUGCCUGCUCAACGCGACGCCCGUCUGGGGAUCCAAUCUGCCCGGCUGGGACGGCCGCCUGCCAGGGCCGGCUGUGCCGCGAGCGAUUGGCCGAUACCUGUACGACCGCAUGCGCGACCGAGCCAACAUCGCAGAGAUGCUCGAGCAGGUGUACGCCGCGCCCGAGCAGGCGGAGCCUCUGAUCGAGCAGAUCCGCGCCGUGACCGACGCGAGCGAGGGCGGCCACGCCGCCUUCGCGUCCAUCCUCUGGUCGCCGCCCGCCACGCUGCCCGGCGGCGCCGGCGGCUUCGAGGCGCUGCUGCAGCUCUGCGGGUGCGACGCGCUGCUGCUCUACGGCGCAGACGACCCGUGGUGCUCGCCUCCCUUCGGGCGGGCCGCCGCCCGCGCCCUGACGCGCCGCGCGUGCGCCGGCGAGAGGCGGACCGAGCUCGUCCUCCUCUCGCCCGCCGGCCACUGCCCCCACCACGAGGCGCCGGAGGCGGCCAACGCCAUCCUCUCCAGGUGGGUCAAGGGGCAGCCGCCGCUCGCGAGUGCGGACGCCGCCACGGAGGCGUUUGGGCGCGUGAGCGCAGCGCGCGCACAGAGCGAGGGCGAGCUCGAGCCGCGGACGCCGUGGGAGGGGCUUCUGACUGGCAUGCUGUCCUGA